AUAAGUGACAGAAAACAACAGAGGAGCAGUUUUGUGCCUGAACUGCAGCCAUGAGGAGAGCAGACCGGCUGUAGGGAACCGAUCCAAGUUUAUCAUCAGCUCUGCUUCUGACAGAAGAUACGACAUAAGGCAGAAAUCAACAGGAACUCCUUUUUCUCUCUGCAGGGUUGGACUUGUGGAGUAAGAGAAGAAAACGGCUGGAUAGACGGGCUCAUCAAGUGGUGCACAUCUAGGAGAUAAACUACAUCAAUGAAGACACGUGGUAUGGCGGUAUUCAAGCAACAGAAUGUGGAUGAUUUCUAUGAAAUUGGAGAAGAACUAGGAAGUGGGCAGUUUGCGAUUGUCAAACGUUGCAUAGAGAAGAGCACGGGCGUCCAAUAUGCAGCCAAGUUCAUCAAGAAGCGCCAGAGUCGUGCCAGCAGACGUGGCGUUAAAAAAGAGGAGAUCGAGAGGGAAGUGGACAUCCUGCAGCAGCUCCAGCACAACAACAUCGUAUCCCUACAUGAUGUUUACGAGAACCGCACAGAUGUGGUGCUCAUCCUCGAACUGGUGUCUGGAGGAGAGCUGUUCGAUUUCUUGGCUCAGAAGGAGUCUCUCAGUGAAGAGGAGGCCACUCGGUUUAUGAAACAGAUCCUAGAUGGAGUCCAGUACCUCCACUCCAAGAGGAUUGUGCAUUUUGAUCUGAAGCCUGAAAACAUAAUGCUGCUGGACAGGAAUGUUUCUCUACCCCGCAUCAAAAUCAUAGACUUUGGACUGGCACACAAAAUAGAAGCUGGGGCAGAUUUCAAAAACAUUUUUGGAACCCCUGAAUUUGUUGCUCCGGAGAUUGUCAACUAUGAGCCACUGGGAUUGGAGGCAGACAUGUGGAGCAUUGGAGUUAUCACAUAUAUACUUUUGAGCGGCGCAUCACCUUUCCUCGGAGACACGAAGCAGGAAACGCUGGGAAACAUCUCUGCCAUGGACUACGAGUUUGACGAAGAGCUUUUCAGCAAUACAAGCGAGCUGGCCAAGUGCUUCAUCAGUCAGCUCCUGGAGAAGGACACGAGAAAACGGAUGACCAUACAAGACGCCCUCAACCAUCACUGGAUUAAGUCCUUUGACUACAUGGAAGAGGAUAGCACAGGCCCGGAGGAUGAGAAGAAAGUGGAGCAGCUAAAGACGACGCGUCUAAAGGAGUACACCAUUCAGUCCCAUUUCAGCAUGCCCCAGAACAACACGUAUGCCAACUUUGAGCGUUUUGCCCAUGUGGUGGAAGACGUCAGUCUGAUGGAGACGGGGCUGUCCGAGGUGGCAGGAGCCCGCCACACUCUGCAGGGUGAUGUAGAAGCACUGCUCUCCAUCUACAACGACAAGGAGGCUUGGUACAAGGAGGAGAGUGAGACCGCGAGGAAGCAGCUGUCCCAGGUCCGCUACGAGUUCCGUAAAGUGGAGGCCACGAGGAGGCUGCUGCAGGAGGACAUGAAGUCUAUAGAUGCCAGUCUGGAGAGCAUCAGUGGCAAGUACAGCCAGAGGCAGCAUCAGCUGGACGGUCUGAGGCAGGAGCUGAACUCUGAGCUGCAGUGGAUGCAGGAGGUGAUGAGCUCUCUGCAUCCGGAAGGAGCCAGCGGCAGCAUCCACAGCAGCAGUCUGAAUACGAAUGUGAAGCAGGCGCUGAAGGAGCUGCUGCAUCAGUCCUGCAGGAGGGAGCUGUGCCCCGAGGCCAAACAGCCCCUCACAGAGUCUGGCUAACAAACCCAAAUGAAAACUUCCUUUUAUUGACCUUAAAGAUCUUUUGAAAAUAAGGCUGUUCGGAUUCAACACACUUUUUUAGCAGCACAAACCUCUGAAUGUAUAUCUGUGUAAUUUACAUUUUCUUUAUUUAAAAUUGUUAUUUUCUUGUGGGAACUUAAAGUAACAGUAAGAGUAGGAGCAUACAUUUAAGAAUUUAAGGAAAUAUGCAUACCAGCAGCUCUAAAGCUCACAGUAACAUCUUGUUUGUCUAAGACGCACAAAAACAAAGUGUGAAGAUGGCAGAUUGUGAUAACAACACUUCAGGUUCCGGUGCAAAAACGGCAGUGACUGACAACAACACCGCCUUCUGUCUUUAGUUUAAUAAUAAACUGACAUGUAUGAGGGUGUCAUCAACGUUCGGCAAGGAAGCCAAUAAGCAUAUUUACCAAAAUGUCAAACUCUUCCUUUUGAAGUAGCAUAAUUAUGGCACAAUAUAUAAUUCUAAAAUGUAAGUGAUAUUAACAGACCAUUAUGCUCUUGUUUGAUUUAUUGGUAGCUUUUUAUUUUGACAUUUAAUGAUAAUGAAGAUGAAUAUCAGUUUUGACACAGGAUUAAACAGCAACUCUUUUCAAUUGAAUGUAUCAGAAGUUUUUUUAUUGAUUUAUUUUUUUAUUCUAUUCUAUUUUUAAGCCUGUAUAUUGAUUUGUAUAUUUUUUUUUCCCCCACAAAAACUAUCCAUUUGUAAAGGUACAGGUGUAGUUAUGUGUUUCUUUUUCAUACAUCCAACGUGCACUUUUACGAAAUGUUGAUUGUUGAAGUUUAUUUAUACAUGUAUAUUUAAAAAAACUUUUUUUCUUUCUUUCUUUGAGAUGUUUCAUGAGCCAACAGGAAAAACAACGUCGAUGAUAAAACAACAUGUGUUUCACAAUGUCUCACCUCCUUAUCAGUGUCAACCAUUGGGUGUCAACAGAUACAUGCUUUUGGCACGCUGACACUUUUCACUGUUGUCUACACUGAAAUAAAUUCUCAUCAAUUAUUAAGUAUUACAAAUUCUUGUGAUUUGUGAUCUGAAAUUUCACUAUAUUUCCUGUUGUACCUCAUAUAUCAGUGUCAACAUUAGACUAGUACCUAAGCAUACUGUUUUUGACUUGCUUGAACAUUUGAACACAUGAAAGAUACUUCCUCUGUUAUUGUAUUCCUCAUUUUGUCUCCUCAGCCUCUGAAUCCCAGACAGGCCAUGGUGAAGCGGUUGUCAGUGGUCAACUUGGAGAACUUUAAGAGACAGUACGCCAGACGCAGGUGGAAGCUGUCAUUCAGAAUUGUUGCUCUGUGCAACCACUUAACACGGAUCAUGAAGAAGGGCAA